AAUUAAAAAUAAAAACAUAAAUGUCUGGAAGCCAAAUGUGGCCAAUCCCAUAUUUUGGAUAUAUCUACUGAACCUGGACCCCACCACAAAACACAACCAUCGAAGCCCAAGUUGCCACGUGUCACUCCAAAUGCAUCACUAUUCUUUUAAAAGCUGAAGAAUUAAAAUGCUUCAUCAUCUGUGUAUAUAAAUAGCAAUCACAACUCACAACCCUUUGUUUAUUUAUGAAAAAACAGAAAAAGUUCCAUUAAAAUAUAUAAUUCUUGCUCUAAAUUAACAUGGCUGAUCUCUUCUUACCAGCUCUUGAUAACCUUAAACACUCCUUCUCUUCAUCUGAAGCUGAUCCAAACAUUGAGUUCACAACCCAUUUUUCAGACAUAAAUCUAAGUCACCAGCAUCUCUCAGGCUCAGACAUCCAUAGCCUCAUGGGAUUUCCACUCGACAAUCUUUUCCCUCAUCAGUUCCCUGGAAAUUCAGACAGGUUCCCUGGAUUGUUCAUCCAGGAGGUUCCUCCUCUCACUGAGCAAGUCAUCUCCAACGAUAACGAUCGUGUCGAUAGGAAGAGGAAAGCGAUGGAGAUCAGCAGCCCUGGAAAUUCGUCUGCUCAAGGUUCUGAUAAUGGGAUUGGAAGAAAGAAUAGUUGUAGAAGAGGAAAGAAAGUGAAAAACAGUGAUCAGAAUAAGGAGGAAAAGCCGAGGGAAGUUGUUCAUGUUAGAGCCAAGAGAGGGCAAGCCACUGACAGUCAUAGUUUAGCAGAAAGAGUAAGAAGAGAAAAGAUUAAUGAGAGGUUGAGAUGCUUGCAGGACAUUGUUCCAGGGUGUUAUAAGACCAUGGGAAUGGCAGUGAUGUUGGAUGAGAUCAUCAAUUAUGUGCAGUCCUUGCAAAAUCAAGUAGAGUUUCUUUCCAUGAAGCUGGCUGCAGCAAGCACUUUCUACGACUUCAAUUCGGACAGAGAUGCUCUGGAGACAAUGCAGAGAGCAAAGGCAUUCGAAGCACUAAAGACACAAAAUGGAGGCAGCCCUGGAAUCCCUUCUGCUCAUCAGUUUGCUCCAUUAGACCUCAAUUUUGGCUGUUAUUUCCAACCGUCAGACAACAGAUGAAGAUUCAAGAAGUUUUAAUUUCCCUCGUUUUCCCUCAGCACAAUUUGUUCCAGUCAAGGCAGAAUGAAAUAUACUCAACUGUAUUAAUUCACACGCAUGUGGGGACUUAACCAAUUCUUGAUAAUAAAGAAGUCUAUAAUUUUGAGAUCAGAACUGAUAUUACAACUCUAGUAGAUAUUUGUUGGCCGACAUUACAAUAAUAUUACGGAUAAUCCCGCGUGUAAUUACUGUCGGAUGUAUAUGAGUAAACGCGUUUUCAGACGUAUGUAAAUGUUGCUUAAAUGAGAGACAGCAGCCAACCAUGUUCUCAUUUCUUGAAAAUGUCAAACAAAUUUCUCUUGCUUUGUCUAAUGGAUUGAAUUCUUGAUAUCAUGUUUUCUCAAUUAUUACUACACUUUUCUGUUAGAACUUGUUCUGUGUGUUUCUUCUGGUCUUGUUCUUGGAUGGAGGAUGUCUUGGCCUUGGCUUGUCCUGAGAUUUAACUUCCAGUAGCUAUCACUAAAUAGACAAAUUUCAUUAAUAUCUUCAAAGGAGUAGGACCAUCAACAACUAUGUCAUGAGCAACAACUUGUGGAGGAAAAUCAAUUUGCAAGGUGGAAGAAAUCAUGUAGAAUUCUUGACAUUUUUGCUUCUCCAUGCUGUUGAGUGAGUAUGGGAAGCACAAUAGAGUUCAUUGAAUUGCCUUUUGGAACUCAGUUUGGUCUAAAGACUAAUGCAAUAGUUUUGACUUUGAAUUUGGUAAUCAGCAUAUUAAUUGUCCCAUUCUUUAACUUAUUCUUAUAAUACAGAUUCAGUCAUGUUACCGAGUCACUAGUUCCACUAAUCAUACAAU